AUGGAACGACUGUUACUAGCAAAGAAUCUAUCGCUUUUACUAGCAUACGAUACAGCUCUCUUUUUUAAUCCAGCACAAUGUGCCAAGCUUAUGAACCAUCCAGCUUUCAAAAUGUAUAUGGACCGUUGCACUAUUGAUAGUCUCAAUGCCAAUAAUUGUGAUGGGUUUUGGACAUUUCUCAAAAAGGAUGAUUACAACCAAAUGACCAACGUUAGAAUCGUACACAGACACUCUCAUAAUAUGAUGGAUCGGGAAUGGGAUAGAGCCACAUACAUCAAUUGCACAAAGUUGGAGAUUCAUUUAAUGGACCAAUCAAAUCCACCUAUGCUCUUGAAGGCUCACUUUAUGUUGGAUUUCGUCAUGCCAUUUAUCUAUCGACAUCGUUCAGUCAAACAUCUCACCAUUGGAUUCCCUCGACUACGAGAGUAUUUUAAAAAUCUAGAUGAUGACUAUAACUCUGACCCGACCAAUGAAAAAGUAGAAGAAUUCUUUGAUGCUUUGGAAGAAAUGGAGCAAUUGGAAUCACUUACCAUUUUCGAUUUUAGUUUCAAUUUCGUCAUGAAAUACAAUCAUGAAAUUGAUAGUGAACCCACCAUCGAACAUACAAAUCACCUUAUUGAAGAUGAUAGUGAAAUAGAGUUUGAUUAUUUAUUACAAGAUUACUUUAUCGACUAUGUCAAAUCAAAAAUAUCAACCAACCCCGAUCGAUCUUUUGUACUUAGAAUUUAUGAAGAAGAAGAUUACUAA